AUGCGUCGAUAUUCACAGCCUGUUACAGUUUCAGCAGCUACUGCUCUUCACUACCGACAAUUUAAAAACUCUUCGAGUGUUUCUUCAAACAUUGGAUCUAUACCAGAUCCUAUUGAUUUAUUAAAAAUCAAGGCUGAUCUAGAAGCAAUUUUACCCAUUUCCGAGAGACGCAUUCAUAACUUACAAAAGGACCUUGUUCACUUAAAAAAGAAUGUCAAGAUAAAAUCUGAACCAGAAAAGAAGCCACCAAGAGAAGAUGACAACGGUAAAGAAGAAUACAAAAACUUGUUGAUGACAAGAUUAAACAAUUUAAAAGAUGAACCCAUCAUCUAUAAUAACUCACAUAAUAAACAGCAACUAGAAAGACAACUAGCUCUAGAAACAUUGAGAAAGAAGCGACGAAGAGAUGAAUCGAUUCAGGGCAGUUUUAAUAAAAAACCAACACAAACGAUUAAACUGAAAAGAGCAGACGAAACUAGUCCACCAACUGCUAAAAAGUCUCACAAUAUGAAAAGAAAAAAGGCAUCACAGAUAAAUGAUAAAGAGGAUGAAUUAGACUUUGUAAGAGUGAAACCUAAGGAUCAAAUUCCUAUCUUGACAUUUUGGACUGCCAUUGAUCCACAUUUUCGACCAUUGGAGGAAGCAGAUAGAGAACUUUUACUAGAAAAGCCAGAUGAUGAAACGGCAUAUAUCAUACCACCCCUAGGAAGACACUAUACUGAAGUUUGGUCUGAAGAUGACUCAAUAAGUAUACCUGGACUAAAUCUAUCUCCUUCGACAAGCUGUAGUUCAAGGCAAGGUUCAUAUGAUAAUAUAAAAUACAGCAAUCAGAUAACAGAAGAACAUCUCUUGAAAGAAGACAUCAGCUGUGGAGCACUGACAGAACGUUUACUAAGCAGCCUAAUCCCGGAUAAAGAGAGUAAUGAGACAGACGAGGAUAAUGAUGAAGACGAUGAUGGCUACCUGCACCAAGGACAAUUGGAUGCAAACGACUUUGAGGAUAGAUUGAUGACAGAGCUGCGAUAUGUUGGAUUAUUCGCAGAUGACGACGUGGACUGGAACGCAAAAGAAGAUGAUGAGAUCUGUGCAGAGCUAAGGGCAGUAGCAAAAGAGCUAAAAGAACAACAUGCAAUAAAUGAAUCCAGAAAGAAGAAACUCCUUCGCGUUGUUGACAAUCAACUUCAAUAUGAGCAGUACAGACAUGUCUUGGACACACUGGAUGCUCAAGUUGAACAGUGUUAUCUGAAAAGAUUUAGAACGCAAAAGUCAAAGAAACGAAAGAAUGCGCCAAUCAAUGGAAAAUCAAGCUUAUCAGAUCAUGCCAUUUAUGUAAUGAAUAAAAGAAAGGCGUGGAUAGAGGCGCUAGAGAAUAUCUUCAAGGACAAGAACGUGGUUAUGCCCACAGAAUCAAUUUAUGGAGAGCCCUAG